AUGACUCGGGUUGCUCGGAAAAAGCUUGUCGUUGUUGGUGAUGGUGGUUGUGGAAAGACUAGUUUGCUCGUCGUGUAUCAAAAUGGCGCUUUUCCAGAGCGCUAUGUUCCUACGGUUUUCGAGAAUUAUAUAGCAAACGUUCACUUGGAUAACAAAGUGGUAGAGCUUGCACUGUGGGAUACAGCAGGUCAAGAAGAUUAUGAUCGACUGCGUCCUUUGUCGUAUCCGGAAACCAAUGUGAUCUUGAUAUGUUUUGCGAUUGAUCAACCGACUUCCUUCAAGAACGUACAGGAUAGAUGGUUGCCCGAAGUCACCCAUUUUUGUGAAAACGUUCCUAAAUUGUUGGUCGGGACAAAGAUUGAUCUGCGGGAAAACCAAGCGCGGAUCGCCCAGCUGAAUGCAUUGGGUCAUCGGUUAAUUACAUAUGAAGAGGGCGAUCGAUUAGCAAGAGAAAUCGGCGCGAAAUACUACGAAUGCAGUGCCAUGGAGAACAAGUAUGUAAGCGAAGUCAUUGAAGCAGCCACACGCACUGCCAUGUCGGGUGGUAUCAUGCGUCUGCAAAAAAAGUUAUGCCGGUUGCUAUAA